UUUUGUUAUUUGCAAUGAUUUUGAAAAUUUCUCCCAGUAAUCCAAAAUCCCUGACAAAAGAAAAAGAGAAAAUCUUUUGUAACAACAAUAAGCAGAAGCAUAAUCAUAGUGGAACUGGAAUUAAUUUCCAUGGAUUUAGCUCUUCCUCCUCCUGUAAUGGUUUCCUCUGGAUUUUUGCCAACUGGGUCUUUGAUUGAGUCAUUGAUUCAUAUAUCAAAUGAAGUUUGUUCCAUGGAAAAUCUUCCUUCAGUGCAGGUCAGGAAUAUCUCAACCAUGAUAAGGAGGAUCAAGCUACUGUCUUCUUUGUUUGAAGAAAUUCAGGAAACAAAUGGUCCACUUCCUCCAUCUUCAAUUCUCUGUCUCACCGAGCUUUUCUACGUGAUUCGGAGAGUGAAAUUUAUGAUACAAAGUUGCAAAGAUGGAAGCUCUCUUUGGGGACUAAUACAGACUGAGUUUGUUUCAAACCAGUUUCAUGUCCUGGUGAAGGAAAUGGGCAGGGCCCUUGAUAUUUUGCCUCUGAGUUUGCUUAAUAUCACAGCAGAUAUUCGAGAACAAGUUGAACUUCUUCACAAGCAAGCAAAGAGGGUAGAAUUGUUUACUGAUCUUAAAGAGCUUCAUAAAAGAGAAGAGCUUCUACAAUUAAUGGCCAGAAACAACAAAAAGACCAGCAAGAAAAAAGGGUUUUCAGAUUUCGCAGAGUUGAAAGAGAUUUUGAAUGGCAUUGGCCUGAGAAAUCCACUAGAUUAUGAGGAAGAGAUUUUGAAGUUAGAGACAGAAGCUCAGAAGCAAGCAGGGACUGGUGGACUAAUUGUGGUGUCCAAUAUCAACAAUCUUAUAUCACUUGUCUCUUAUUGCAAAUCCAUACUUUUUAGUGAUGAAGAAUCUGAGAAAACCAAACGAGACUUUAAACAGCUGUCUACAAAUAGAUUUUAUAACAUUCAUCAUUCUUCAUCUUCACAAUCUAUGAGUUUCAAUAUCCCAGAUGAAUUCCGAUGCCCGAUUUCAUUGGACUUGAUGAAAGAUCCUGUGAUUGUAGCGUCUGGACACACUUAUGAUCGGAAUUCGAUAGCUCAGUGGAUCAAUUCAGGGCACCAUACAUGUCCAAAAAGUGGGCAAAAGCUGAUUCACAUGGCACUGAUACCAAACUAUGCAUUGAAAAGUCUUCUACAACAAUGGUGCGAGGAGAACAACAUUCCUUUGGUAGACUCCAAUCUAUCAUCUGUCUCAGACUUGGAGAGAAACAGCAACAAAAAUGGAAAACAAAACGAGAACGCUGUUGAUCAUAUUUCAGCCACAAAAAUUGCUGCAGAUGCUAUCAAAAUGACAUCAGAAUUCCUAGUGGGAAAACUAGCAACCGGGUCGCUGGAAAUCCAAAGGCAGGCUGCUUACGAGCUUCGUUUGCUUGCCAAAACUGGCAUGGAUAAUCGAAGGAUCAUUGCCGAGGCAGGAGCAAUUCCUUUUCUGGUCACCUUGCUUUGUUCACACGAUGCCAGAAUUCAAGAAAAUGCUAUCACUGCAUUGCUCAACCUUUCUAUCUUCAACAACAACAAGAUUUUGAUAAUGGCGGCCGGGGCAAUCGACAAGAUAAUAGAUGUUUUGGGAUCAGGGAAGACAAUGGAAGCAAGAGAGAAUGCAGCAGCAGUUAUAUUCAGCUUGUCCAUGAUCGACGACUGCAAAGUAGCCAUAGGAGCACGUCCAAGAGCCAUUUCAGCACUUGUUGGGCUCUUGAAAGAAGGCACACCAGCCGGUAAAAAGGAUGCUGCGACAGCACUCUUCAACCUCGCGGUAUAUAAUGCAAACAAAACCUAUGUAGUCAUCGCCGGAGCUGUUCCAUUGCUCAUUGAGCUGUUGAUGGAUGCCAAGGCAGGGAUAACAGACGAUGCCUUGGCAGUUCUUUCUCUACUAUUGGGCUGUCCGGAGGGACUGGAGGAGAUAAGAAAGAGUAGAGUUAUUGUUCCGCUUCUCAUUGAUCUUCUAAGAUUCGGUUCUCCAAAAGGGAAGGAGAAUUCGAUAACACUUUUGUUGGGAUUGUGCAAAGAUGGAAGAUACAGAGAGGAGGUAGCAAGAAGAUUGCUGAUGAACCCUAGAAGUAUUCCUUCUCUUCAUAGCUUGGCUGCUGAUGGGUCUUUGAAAGCUCGAAAAAAGGCUGAUGCUUUGCUUAGAUUACUGGAUAGGUGUUGUUUUCAAUCGCACAAUCAGGUUGGAUAACCAUGGAACAAGAAUAUAUAGAGGGAGAUCCAAGUGUAUAUUUUGUGAAAAGCAUAUAAAUGAAUGCUGGUUCAUUUGUUAUUUUAACUGGAUCUUUCAUCUGAUAAAUUAUUGUUAGUUUCGAGACCAUUUCAUCUGC